AUAGUGUAGCAACACUGUAGUUUAUUGUUUUUUUCGUUUUUUUAUUGCCGGCCGCGCCAAGGCCCGACAAAGAUUUUGGGGGGAGAGGAAGCUAACUUCGAAUUCGAGUCGAAACGUCAUGGAGCGUCCCCUGUGUUGGCAUUACUUGGACUCUGGCGCGGCGAGACGGGUUGCUUUCCGUUUGCCGCCAUUUGCCCCGUUUGCCGCCAUUUGCCCCUCAGUCGAAAGUGCAGCUACCGACCGGCGGCAUCCUUCCACCCCUCCUCCAUCGCCGGCGAACUCACUGUGCAGGCAGCGCGGUCACGCAGCGGGAGCGGCUGGAGCGAAGGAGGACAGCCGAGCAGGUGCGGUCUUGGCAUAUCUCAUCAAUUCUGCUCUCAGUGUGGUCUUCUCAUGCAUGCUGAUCAGCGAGUUUGUGUUGGUCGUGCCUGGAAAACAGCACGAACCUGGCCGUCAUGGAAGCCAGGGCUUAUCAGAGGCAAGAACGCCUCGUUAUUCAAGGGGCUCCGGCACCCUGGACACAUUUGAAUUUUUCGAGGAGGAUGAGGAGGCGGCGGCGCUGGUGAACAGAACCCAUGACAGAGGAGGAGGGGGAGGAGGAGGAGGAGGAGGAGGAGGAUGCCCGCAAGGAGAUGGUCCGAGUCAAACCCUUGAUGUGGAAAAUGAAGCAAUUCAGAAGGCACUGGCAGCAGAUGGGGGAAAUGAACAAGCGAAAGCCCUCUGGGGUGCUGCAAAGUUCGAGCAGCAAGACUAUGAAAAGGCUUUGUUCGCAUUCAGAGGAUUGAGUCUGCCAAGUGUGAAGAGCCGCUUGUUGACGACGGUUGAGCUUUUCAAAAGCUCCAAGCGAAUGCGGACGAAGGCUCAGACGGAAGGAAUAUCGCUGUCAGCUCAUCAUGCUGCAAUACUGCUCAAUGCCUUCCUAUGCCAAGCCAAAUGUUUGGCCAAAUUGGGCCAUCCCAAAGAGGGGGCAGAAGUCUGCAAGGAGAUCGUGAAGCUGAUUGGGGAUGCGUUUCCGCAUGGAUUCUCCCAUCCUCCUGUGUGCGACUGGGCGACCACGGAGUUCAAGGACCUGAUCUUUGAAACGAUGGUGACCCUUCCACGCCUUCAUCGGCGGACCGGUGAGUUCAUGCGCGCUAUCAAUGCGUAUCGGCGUGCGCUAGUGAGCCCUCUAUCUCUCAGUGCGGCGUUUAAAGGGGAUGUUCAGAAAGAGCUUGCCUUGGACCUUAUCUACGCUGGUUUCCAAGCUCCGCCGCCUCUAACCGACUCCGAACUGCUCACGUUUAACGGUCAGCAAUCGUCGUCGUAUCGCGAAUGCACACCGGAUGUUUUCGCACCCGCCAACAACACCGAGGAGGCGGUGCUGUUGCUGACGCUCUUGCAGCAUGAUGCUUGGGAUCAUUUCAACGCGGAGCACCUGUGUUUCGUGUUGUCCACAUCGGCGCAGUUUGACUCGGUGGCAAAGCUUUAUGACGACGUGAAGCCAGGGGUGUACAGCCGACCGGAGAGGUGGUAUAGUCUAGCGUUGAGUCAUCUGAGCGCCGGGAACAAGGAUCUGGCACUGAACGUAAUCGGCCGAGCUGCUCGAGAAUGGCCGAACGAUGUUCCCACUCUCCUUCUGGCAGGGAAGUUAUGUUCGCGUGACGUUGGCCUGGCAUGCAUGGGCUUGGCAUGGGCGGAGCAGGCUGUCGCCAACGCUGUAGGGAACUACGAAUGCCUACGGGGAAAAGCCUACCAUGUCCUGGGAGUUGUGUUGGGCGUGCGGGCAAAGGCGGCGUUGUCCGACACUGAGAGGCAGAAGAUGCAAUCUUGUGCCCUGGAAGCACUGCACAAGUCUGCGACCCUUGAGCUUGGAGACGCGGAUGUAGUCUAUGAUCUUGCAAGGCAGUACGCGGAGAUGCGGCAGAUCGUUCCUGCUCUGGAGUUUGCAAGGGAGGCGCUUGACUGGAGCAAUGGUACCCACGUCAAAGCCUGGCGACUCGUGGCUCUGCUGUUGUCAUCCCAGCGAAGAUGGGAAGACGCAAUGGAAGUUUGUUACGCUGGUUUGGACGCCGCCAUGAGCAAAUGCGACGAGGGGUUGUUGUUACGAACAAUGGCGAAGAUUCAGGUCGCAUCGGAACAAUACAAGAUGGCGCUAGAGACAUACAAGAAGCUCUUAGCGUUGGUGCAAAUCCUAGGCAGGAAGACAGAGGUAAAUCAGCAAGCUGCUCCCAGACUGGAAUAUCUGCCGAGCGGCCAGUUCCCCUCUCCAUCACCAUUCUGCUUCGAGGACGAUGACGCAAUCGGAGUCCGGGAGGCUGACGUCUGGGUGGAUCUCACGGAGGUGUACAUUGCGUUGAGGCAAUGGGACGACGCUUUCACGUGCGUCGAUCACCCGUGUUUGUCGCGGUACGAACCCAAGCAUUGGUAUGUGAACGGUUUGCUUGAAGAGGCGCAGGACGGAGACAACAAGGAAGAAGCGUUGGCGUCGUACGAGAACGCAUUGGCAAUGGACCCGACACACGCCCCAACAAUGAUCCGAAUGGGUAUUCUCCAUUGCCACACGGGGGGGGCAAGUCUACCCUUGGCGAGGAGCUUCUUGACCGAUGCAUUGCACGAGGAUUCGACGGAUCACGUUGCAUGGCAUGCCCUCGGGCUAGUUCACAAGCAAGAGGGAAGGCUGUCAGAAGCCGCCGACUGCUUCUCUGCUGCGCUGAGGAUGCAUGCGGUGAAGAAGAUCAGAGAUCGUGGGGCGCGGCGUGGCCGGGAGCGCUGCGCCCCGCCGGCGCCAGUACGAUCCUGUCGGUGUGCUACGGAGAAGCCAGGCGAAGUAGGCGACGUGGCCGGCGAAAUCACGAGGCGCGGGAGGGCAGGGCGUGGCGACGAGUGGCGAUGGGGAGCAGCAACGAGCGGCGAGGCGCGGGGGAAGAGGGCGGGGUUGAUGGUAACAGGGUGUAUGGAGGAUGACGGGGCAGGGGGUAGGGGUGGGAUGGUGGCGCCUCGUGGGGCUCGCGACUCGAGCGUGAGGCCUGGUAGAGAGAUCUGGGGAUGCUUUGGGGUGGGCAUUCCACGGGACAACCAAGGGUUGCUGCCGGGACGACGCUGGUCGGAGCUAGGGUAUUGUGUAUUCGAAAGGCAAACAGAGGUGGAGUUGUAUGCCCUGUUUAUCAGCAGGAGAGAGGAAUCGGUUGUGGCGUGUAUUAAGGGGGGGAGGUGGAAGGGGAGAAAACUCAGUAGAGGAGGAAGAGGAGGAGGAGGAGGAGGAGGAGGAAGUCGAGGAGCUGGUGGUGGGAACGGGAGUGACGGAUACCCUGGUUUUAUGCGAGGGGUUGACGGACGUUUCCCCUAAUAUUCUAGUACUAGGUGAAGGGAGGCUAAAUGGCAAUCCUCUCUAUGCGUCUCUUAUCCAAAGCAGAGACGAGUCGGUUUCUUACACUUUUUUGUUCUUAAAGAUUAAAGAUAGCUUACAUUUUUUUAAUAAAAAUAGCAUACAUGU